UUUUGAUUAAUUAUGAUAUGGCGCACCCUAAUAUUUUAUAUCAAUUAUCAAUGUCUCUAGAAUUGCUACAAUUUAAUAGAUCAUGUCAUUCGGCCAGCAAUGUAGUAAUACUAGUUGUCUCCGACAUUGAAUCAGCGAUCGCGCAAUUAAGACGACUUCAAGGUCGUAGGCAGGACGUUAGAUUCCAAACUUCUACGAAUGCGAGGGAAUUCGAAG